UUUUAUUUCACACACGCAAAAAACGCACAUUCUUGAAAACAAAAGAUCAAAUACGCACAAAAGAUCAACCACAAGGCCACCGUUGUUUGAUGGAACCAACUACUCUUAUUGGAAGGAGAGGAUGAGGAUCUUCAUCCAAUCAAAUGACUACAAACUGUGGUUGAUAGUCAAGAACGGGUGUGGAGUCCCGAUGAAGAAAGUCGGUGAAGUCAACGUCCCCAAAACCCAAGAGGAGUUCACCGAUGAAGAUUGCAAAAAGAUGGAGCUCAACGCAAAGGCAAUAAACAUGAUUUAUUGCGGUGUUAAUGCGGAUGGCUACCGCAAAAUCUCGCGGUGUGAAACUGCAAAACAAAUGUGGGAGAAAUUGGAGGUCACCUACGAAGGAACCGCGCAUGUUCGGGAGGCCAAAAUCGACCAUCUCACUCACGAGUACGAACUCUUCUCAAUGAAGGAAAACAAGAAGAUUGAGGAAAUGUUUGAGAGGUUCUCUAACAUCAUUAAUCCCCUCAAUCUUCUCGAGAAGACAUACACCAACCGAGAACUCGUGAGAAAGGUGGUUGAAGAGAGGAGCAAGAGGUCUAUUGCUCUACCCGCAACAACGUCAACCCACAACAACAUUGAUGAUAAAGAUGAUGACAGCGACGACACUGACCUCGGACUCUUUGUCCGAAAAUUCAAGAAGAUGAUGCUCAAGAAGGGAGCAAAGAAGAACACUCCACCCAAGUGCUAUGAGUGUGGUGAAAUUGGACACAUCAAACCAAUGUGUCCGAAGCUCAAGAAUGAGAAGGACAAGAGGGCACCGAAGAAGCAACGUCCCUACAUUUCUUGGGAGAACAACGACUCCGGGAAUGAAGACUCUGAACCGGAAGAAGUGGCCAACUUGUGUCUCAUGGCCAUUGAAGAUGGAGAAACAUCAAAAGAGGUUUCCCACAAGCAACACACAAGUGGGAUCUUCUAGAGGUAAGAGAUACUCUUUUUGUCCUAAAAUAAUUUUCUAAAGGUGGUUUAGUACAGUUUUUUAUUAAAUGAAGUUUAGUGUCAGUG